AUGCCAUCACAUAUUCUUGAAUAUCCAUUACUCAAUCCAUGGCAACAUUUUACUAUUUAUGCUACACAUAACCGUUAUAUUGUUGUGGCAAUGAAUAAAAGUAGAUCAAAAGGUCGUAUUCUAAAAAUUGAUCGUAUGGAUCAAAAAGAAUUACUUAUCGUUGAAGAUCAACAUGAAUAUACACAUACUGAACUUCGUCAACUUCUUGGUACUAUUGAGAUAAGUAAUAGUCGUGCUGGUGGUUUUAGUAAAACAGUUUUUUGUCAUGGAAUCAUCGGUUUUAUUAAAUUUCUCGAAGGAUAUUAUAUGAUUGUAAUAACACGACGAAGUCAAGUAGCAAGAAUAGGUUAUCAUAGAAUAUAUAAAAUCGAUGAAACAUCAAUGUUAAGUAUUACAAAUGAAGAUAUAAAAAAGACUCAUCCAGAUGAAAGCAAAUAUCUUCGUGCAUUACAAAAUCUUGAUUUAACAAAUGGAUUUUAUUUUAGUUAUACAUACGACUUAACACAUACAUUACAAUAUAAUUUUAUGCAACAAAAUAAUAAAACUAAUAAGGAAAAUUUAACUGAGAAUUUUUGUUGGGGUACACGUUAUCAACCAACAUGGAAAUAUGUUUGGAAUGAAUAUCUUCAAGAACCAUUACGAUCACAAGUUCAUCCAAGAUGGUUACUUUUUAUUGUACAUGGUGUUAUACUUCAAUAUAAUUUAAAUGUUUUUUGUCGUUCAAUUUAUUUAACAUUAAUCUGUCGACGAUCACAAAAAUAUUCUGGAACAAGAUUUCUUAAACGUGGAGGAAAUUGUAAAGGUUAUGUAGCAAAUGAAGUUGAAACUGAACAAAUUGUUCAUGAUGCUUCACUUUCUUCUCUUGGUAAAAGUCAUUUUACUUCGUAUGUACAAUUACGUGGUAGUAUACCAGCAUUUUGGAGUCAAGAUCCAAAACAAGUACCUAAACCACCGAUUAUGAUUGAUAUGAAUGAUCCAACUUAUGUUGUGGCAUCACAACAUUUUCGACAAUUACUUUAUCGAUAUGGUUCACCUAUUCUUGUACUUAAUCUUGUUAAAAAACAUGAAAAGAAAAAACAAGAAUAUACUUUAUCAGAAGAAUUUUGUGGUGCUUUGGAUUAUAUUAAACAAUUUGUACCGGAUGAUAAUAAUAUUCAAUAUUUAGCAUUUGAUAUGGCACGUGCUAAUCGUUCCAAACAUCGACGAGUUAUGCCAAAAUUAGAUGAAAUUGCUCGACGAUAUUUACAACAAACUGGAUUCUUUCAAAAUUUUCCAUUAUUAGUUAAUGAUAAACAAUAUUUUUAUGAUCGAGAAAAUGCAAUUAAAUUAACACCAUAUGAAACAUUCUUUGUACAAACAGGUGUUGCACGAGUCAACUGUGUUGAUUGUCUUGAUAGAACAAAUACAGCUAUGUUUGCUAUAGCAAAAUGUGCACUUGGAUAUCAGUUAUUUUCCAUGGGUCUUACUGAUUCUCCGCAUUUACAAGAAGAUUCUUCGGUUGAAUUGGUAAUAAAACAAUUAUUUGAACAUUCAGGUGAUAUUCUAGCUCAACAAUAUGCUGGUAGUCAAUUAGUUCAUCGUAUUGAUACAUAUAAAAAAUCAACACCAGCUUGGUCGACACAAUCUCGUGAUAUUGUACAAACACUUUCACGUUACUAUUCAAAUACAUUUUCAGAUGCGGAAAAACAACAUGCAAUGAAUUUAUUUUUGGGAACUUUUCGACCCAGAUUAGGUCGAGCACAUUUCUGGGAAUUAGCAAGUGAUUAUCAUUUACAUGAUCCACGAUUAACAAUUGGUUACAUGCCACCACAUUGCACUAAUAUUCUUGGAGAUGACAUAUGGUUUUCAUUACCAUUUUCAGCUGAACAAGUUUUAAAAUCUCAAAAAGAUUGCUUAGAAAUUGUUUCAGUUAGCAAUGAUGAUCCACUUGUUGAUGGUUUCAAUGAAUAUUACCGUCCAAAUGAAUUAACAGUAUUUGAAGAAAAAUUUGAAUGGCAUAUGGAUUCAACUAAUAAAGAUAUCGCUUAUAAUUAUGGAAAUAUUCGAGAAUUUACACCAUUUUCUGUUCGAGAAAAUAAACAACGAAAAACUAUAACUAGUCUUAGUCUUACUGCUGAUGUUCAACAACGAGCACUUCUUCCACCAUCUGCAUCCUUAUCGACUCCAUCUCAGAAUUUAAAUCAAGAUCAAAGUUCUGAUGAAGAUAUGUUUGAUGAUACAGAUACAGAUGAAGAGAAUUCGAAAAAACAAUUACAAACAUCUAAUAAAAAAUCAUUGAAACCAAAACCAAUUAAUAGAUCAAUAAAUGAUGAUUCAAAUAAUAGUGCAAUACAAGUUAAACGUCUAUUAAAUACAAUAUUUCCUACAACAGAUGAUGUGUACGGAUUUCAUUUGGAAGAACCAUCCACGGAAUCAUUACAUUGUUAUGAACAAUAUGCAAGAAUAGCACAUGAUGCAUGUUUACCAUCAUUAACACCAAUAUCAAAUAAACAACAUCUUUAUGAUGCAUCAAUCUCAUCAUAUCAAUCAGUUUCAUCAACUUCUAGUUUUGAAAUUAUUUCAUCUAGUACAAAUGAACGAUCGAAAUCAAAACCACAACCUCAACAACACCGUCUUCAUCAUCAUCAUUCAACAGAAAAUCAAUCAUUACAAACAUUAUUAAUAUCUAUGUUUGAUGAACCUAUUGUAAAUGAUGAAACUAUUCGAAUAUAUGAACAAUGUGUAGCUGUUGCACAUCAAGGACCUUUUGAACCGUCAGAUGUUGAUUGUUUAUUUUAUGAAGAAUAUGUAACUUCUCUGAUGAUUACUGCUCAGUCAUAA